UUUCGCCGUUCUUUUUUCUUUCUCUCUCUCCAUUUUCUCUUUGUUCACUCACUUGCCACUUUCCAAUUAAUCUUUCCCUCCCAUUAGGAUGUGCUUCGCCAAGACAAAACGAUGAAGCCUCUGGAUCUCAUUCUUUCUUUAACAGCUACUUGAGCGUCAAGCAAUUCACCGGAUUUUUGGGAGAAACAGAAAAGAAUUCCAAGAUUUGGAGAAGAGCUAUAGACAAUUAGAUUCGAAUUUUUUAAAUCUCGUGCGGUGGCCUAGGAAAAAAUGAGUGCCUCGAAAUUCAUAAAGUGUGUCACCGUCGGCGAUGGUGCCGUCGGCAAAACCUGCUUGCUGAUUUCCUACACCAGCAACACUUUCCCUACGGACUAUGUCCCAACUGUUUUCGACAAUUUCAGUGCAAAUAUCGUUGUGGAUGGCAGCACUGUCAACAUAGGCUUAUGGGAUACUGCUGGUCAGGAGGAUUACAAUAGAUUGAGACCACUGAGCUAUCGUGGAGCUGACGUCUUUAUUCUUGCAUUUUCUCUCAUCAGCAAGGCUAGUUACGAAAACGUUGCAAAGAAGUGGAUUCCUGAAUUAAAGCAUUAUGCACCUGGCGUUCCAAUCGUUCUCGUUGGAACUAAGCUCGAUCUCCGGGAUGACGAGCAAUUCCUUAUGGACCAUCCUAAUGCAAUUCCGAUUUCUACGGCUCAGGGAGAGGAAUUAAAGAAACAGAUAGGGUCUUCUUCCUACAUUGAGUGUAGUUCGAAAACACAACAGAAUGUGAAGGCAGUUUUUGAUGCGGCUAUAAAGGUAGUGCUGCAGCCUCCGAAAAACAAGCAAAAGUCGAAUGGUGGUGGUGGUGGUGUACUUUGCUCAAUAUUGUGAUCAGUGGAAGAUUCGAGUCCGAAAAAGGCGGAUCAACCUGCCAGCUUCUUGCUGCUCGUAUCCCCAUCCGUGUCAACCAUUUUUUUCUCUAAAUUCUAGUAAGAAGCAAGCCAUCGUGUAUAGUCUUUGCUGACAUUCUGGGUAUUUCUUUGAAAGCUUCUAGUGGUUUGUUUCUUGUUUUACUUAUUGUCAAUCUCUAAUUGAUGACAAGCAUUCCUUCCUCUUCUGCUUUAAUGUUUAAGCUUCACGCAUUCAUUAA